AUGGCCUUGACAUCGUGGAAAGCUUUUCGAUUCUUCGAUGUCACACCCAUCAAACUCGAUGACGCCGACAAGUCGAUACUAGAGCAAGGUAGUGUGAGCUGCAUCACCGCCAGUUCUGAUCACGUCUAUGUCGGCUCUCAAGAUGGAACUAUUCGCAUCCUCAAUCAAUCCUUCAAAGUCACUCAGUCGUGGAAAGCUCAUGAAGCUGGUGCUUUAACCAACAUCCGCCAGAUCCCACACUCGUCGCUUCUUGUCACUCUCGCCGAAGACCUACCUCAUGAACCCGUUCUCAAGGUCUGGGCAUUAGACCGCCCUGAUAAGAAGACUGGCAUACCGCGCUGUCUCACCACCGUCUCGGUUACCAAUGGCAGGAAACCUUUCCCAGUAUCCGCCUUUGCUGUACUACGCGAUCUGUCCCAAGCUGCUGUUGGUUUCGCAAACGGUGCUGUCACCGUGAUAAGAGGUGAUUUUAUUCACGAUCGCGGAACAAAGCAGCGCACGGUUCUUGAGACAGACGAACCUAUCACUGGUCUCGAGUUCAGGGAAGCCAACGUUACCACCCUCUUCAUCUCGACCACAAGCAGGAUAUCAACCCUCAUCAUUUCUGGCAAAGGUCAGGGUCAGCCCGCUCGUACUCUAGACGAACACGGUUGCGCUGUUGGAUGUCUUACAAAGGAUCUGCACUCCAACGAUAUCAUCGUUGCACGGGACGAUGCCGUCUACGCUUACAACCCCCGUGGCAGAGUUGCCUCGUAUGCCUAUGAAGGCCCAAAGAAGCUUACUGCCAUGUACAAGGACUAUGUCUUGCUGGUCUCGCCGCCAAAGAACAUGACCAACGCUCCCACGCGAUCGUUCGGCGGUGGCCAAGCAGAUGAUCUCUUCAGCACCUCUAACUUCACCAUUCUCAAUCCCGACCUCAAACUCAUUGCUCACACCGAGGCUUUGCCCAGUCAAGUGACUGCUCUAUUCUCUGCUUGGGGUCAUGUCUAUAUCGUGACACUAGAUGGGAAAGUGCUGCGCUACACCGAGAAGACAUUCCAGCAGAAGCUCGAGAUCUUGUAUCAACGCGAGUUCUUCGUCCUGGCCAUCAACUUGGCACAAAAAGAAAAGGUGGAUGCUGUCCAGCAGAACCUCAUCUUCCGCAAAUAUGGCGAUUACCUAUACCGGAAAGGCGACUUUGACACGGCCAUGCAACAAUAUCUUCGCGCUAUCGACAACACCGAACCAUCCCAAAUAAUCCGCAAGUUCCUUGACAACCAACGGAUACGCAAUCUCAUCGAGUAUCUGGAAGAGUUGCAUGAACAUCACAGGGCUUCUUCAGAUCACACUACGCUGCUAUUGAAUUGCUAUGCGAAAUUGAAAGACGUCGAGAAGCUCGAAGAUUUCAUCAAGUCGCCUGGAGAUCUGAAGUUCGACCUUGAUACUGCCAUUACCAUGUGUCGUCAAGGUGGCUAUUCGGACCAGGCAGCGUUUCUUGCCAGAAAACAUAAUGAGCACGGCUUGGUUGUGGAUAUUCUGAUCGAAGACCUCAAAAGAUAUGCGGAAGCUUUGGCUUACAUCUGGCGUCUGGAACCCGAGCAAGCCUAUGACAGUCUUACCAAGUAUGGCACGGUGCUUCUUGAACACUGUCCAGAGGACACGAAACAACUCUUCAUCGACUACUUCACAGGAAACUUCCGUCCCAAGAAGGAUGCAGUCGUGGAGCAAGAGAUCACACCAGAACAAGAACAAUCUGGUGGUAUUGGCAAGAUGGCGACAUCUGCUGUACAGAACUUAGCUGCUCUGAUACCCCUACCUUACAUGAGCGCAGAAGUACCACGUACACCAGGAGGUACUAAGACGACGCAGCAAGUCAUUGAGACUACUGUUGAAGACGAGUAUGUCGAGUAUAAGGUACCAAAGCCGAGAGCAGCAUUCUCUUCCUUUGUGGACCAUCCCGAUGAGUUCAUCUCAUUCCUCGAGGCCUGCAUCGCUAGCCCGGAAUUGAAAGAUGAGGACAAGACCGAUCUCUACACAACGCUGUUCGAGAUGUACCUCCAGAUUGCGAGCAAGAAGACUGGCGACGAGAAGACUGAAUGGGAGAGUAAAGCAAGACAUUUGGUGGAAGAACAAAACACACGUAUGGGCACUUCCAACAUUCUUCUGCUUUCACAUCUGUCGAAUUUCCGUGAUGGCACUACUCUCGUAAGAGAACAACGAGGUCUCUAUUUCGAUAUCUUCCGAUCGUAUACUGCCGCGAACGAUACUGCUGGCGCCAUCAAAGCACUCCGCAAAUACGGUCCCGAAGAACCACAAUUGUACCCAGCAGCACUCGCCUACUUCACCUCAACUGAGGAGAUCCUUGCAGAAGCGUCUUCCGAGCUCGAUAGCGUGCUCAAAAAGAUCGAUGACGACGGCCUCAUGGCACCUCUCCAAGUCAUCCAAACCCUCUCCCAAAGCAAAGUCGCCACCAUGGGUCUAGUCAAAACAUACCUCUCCCGCACCAUCGAACGCGAACGCGCCGAGAUUGCCAGCAACCGCAAACUCAUCUCUUCCUACCGCACCGACACAGCAGCAAAAGCCAACGAACUCGAGACCUUGGCUACAAAACCUGUUUCCUUUUCCGCAACCAGAUGUUCUGCUUGUGGCGCUCCUCUGGACCUUCCCACCGUGCACUUUUUGUGCAAACACAGUUUCCAUGAGAGGUGUUUGUAUGUGGGGGCUGGAGAGGAAGAGUCGGAUGUUGAGUGUCCCAAGUGUGCGAAUGAUAAUGCGACGGUUAAGGCUAUCAAACGUGCGCAAGAGGAAAGCGCUGAUAGGCAUGAGUUGUUCUUGGAUGCGCUUGGCAGGAGCAGAGAUAAAUUCGCUACUGUUAGUGAGUGGUUUGGUAGAGGUGUUAUGGGGAAAGGGGCUGUUGCUGGUCUUGAGUAG